CGCUGACACAACAAUAUCAUACUUAAAAUAUACAUUUGCAUGAAAAAAUACUAAAAUAUGGGUUCUUAUAUUGAAACAACGGAGAAUAAAACACCGCCCGUGUUUCCAAGAGCCUUGGAACCGUACGAAAUCAGACCUGUGGCCGAUGAGUUGGGGCUGACAAGUACAGAGAGAAAAUCAUUGCAGAAUGGUUGGACUAUAAUUAAACAGAAACAACGCCGAGCAGCGCUUAAUAUCUAUGUGAAUUUCUUCACCGAACAUGAGGAUCUUUAUGAAAUAUUUCGCUUCAACGGCGUUUUGGACAUUGAGUUCGCCAGUCAACAUCAAAAGGAUGUGCUCGCCGUUUUCCAAAUGAUCAUUGAGCAGUUGGAUAAUUCACGUUUCGUCAAGACUAUGAUGAAAGAGCUUGCUCUUAGACAUAGAGCUGCUUCUGUCAGCGGCACAAUGUGGCAGCUGUAUGCAAACGAAGUAAAACUUUACUUUUUGAAGACCUUGAAUGAUGCCCUUUCGCCAACAUUUGUUCACGCCCUAGAUACAUUAAUUAAUUAUAUCUGCGAUUUUAAUGAAUUCAAUGAGUCCAGGGAUGACCAGAGUCAACAGCAAGAACUUGACAAGGAAUGAUUGAUAAAUUUAAAUUUGAGAUGUAA